AUGGCGAGCACGGAGGCGCGGCUCGCCGCGGCGAACGUCGAGCUCUCGCGCCUGCGCGCUGGCCGCGAGGCGAGGGCCUCGUGCGCGGAGGCCGAGAUUGCGGCGGCGCAGGCGCGGCUCGAGGCGGCGGCGCUGCGCGAGAGGCUGUGUGCGGCAGUCGACCGCGCCACUUUGACGCGAGAGGUGCGGGCGCUGGACGAGCAGCACGCAGCCGCAGGAGGGGGCCCUCCCGCCGGAGCACCGCCUGUGCAGCGCGGGGUGGUGUCCUUGGGCGAGUUUGCUGCGGCCGAGGCGCAGUCUGCGCUCGAGAGCCAGAGGCGGCUUGCGCGGCUGGAGAGGCUCGAGGAGGUGGCCGAGGCGGCGGCGAAGCGCUUUGCGGCGCUGGCUCGGGUGAAGGGGCGACGCAUAGAGGCCCCGCGGGUCGCACCGGCGCGCGCAGUCUCAUGA